CUACGACAACAAUUUUGAAUUGAUGAUGGCCUCUACUCAGCAAUGCAAUCAGUCAAUCAAUCAAUCAAUCAGUCAAUCAGUCAAUCAAUCAAUCAAUCAGUCAAUCAAUCAACCUCCCAAAAUCUCAAUUCGAUACUCCUUACAGCGCGAGAUCAGCCGCCAGCUUUCUGGUGCCUAAAUAUUUAAUCCGAUGGAGUACGCAUGCACGAGUGUGAUGAUUAUGAUUUCUCUGGGGCGGGCUAAAAUCUUAUUGUUGGAAGUCUAGAUAGCUAGCUACAGGUAGGCUAGAUAGGUAUCAGAUUUUGUAUCUAUUUACAGUCCGAGAGUGGUAACUUGGUGAAAAGAUUAGGUAUCAGUAUUUCUAUAUUGAAGAUUCAAGUUGUGCCGCCGGGAAUAUACGUAAAUAUGGAGUUAUGUAUGUGAAAUACUAGUAAGUAGCUAGGUAUGUAUAUACACGAGCCGAGUUGUGGUCAGAGUGCAGGGGAUGUUAUGUUAUUUAUGUUGUUCUGAUCUAUAGCUAGGUACCGUACCUACCUGCUUCACACGACCAUCAACAUGCAUAUGUCAGCGCCAACAAAAGAUCUAGAUGGGGUUUUGAAAGGAUUUCUAUCAUCGCAUUGCCGGAUGGGGAUAUCUUCUGCUUGGUUCUGUUUGCCCUUAGCUUGGCGUGUAAAAUCGGUUUGUGACACCAGGAGGGCGCACUCACGUUACGCCACGCUCCUUGGUGGGAUUCGCAAGGCUUUGUUCUUUCAACCCCAUUCCUAGGUAUGCAUAGUACAUACAGUAAAGGAAUAUAUUUUCUCUCUUCUCUCCUAUUUCAAAUAUAGGAUGGAUGUCUCCUGUAGGUUAAAUAGUUUUGAAAUCUUUCAGCUAUAUCAUAUCAUAUCAUAUGAAAUGUCUUUUGUAAUCGAUAUCCUUCCGAAUCGUAUUCAUAGUACAUACUAGCUGGCAUGUUUCUAUCCAUCUCUCACAUUCCAAUCAUUCGCAUGGUCUGCAUCUCCAAUUCUGCAGUAGUUUAAAUUUGCAAAUAUGCCAAUUACUUUACGCCAGCGCUAUAUGCUACUUGGUGUAUUUGUAGCCUCGACCAUACUACUCAGUGGCUUUUAUCUACGGAAUAAUCUAAGGUCACUCACAUCCCUUGUUUCAUCCAAGCGCAUCGAACCUGGACCCAAGCAUCCAAAAUACAAAGCCUACAAGCUACCGAAAAACCAUCCUAUAGUCGAUAAUUUCCCUCUUGCUUUGAAUGCUCAUUCAGCUUCAGAUCUUCCUACAAUCCCAAAAUGGAAUCAACCUCCAAAUCCACAUGUUCCCGAGAAAACCCCUCUUCUUAUUGGAUUUACGAGAAAUUGGCGUCUUCUUCAACAAGUGGUUGUUUCGUAUAUUACAGCAGGAUGGCCUCCGGAGGAUAUAUACGUGGUUGAGAAUACAGGUGUUAUGAAUUCAAAUAAGGAUGGAGAAAUAUCUCUUCAAAACCCAUUCUUCCUUAAUCAUACCCGACUAAAUAUGCUUGGGGUGAAUAUCCUCAUAACACCCACUCUACUCACUUUCGCCCAAGUGCAAAAUUAUUUCUUAUGGACAGCCAUUGAAAAUAAAUGGCCGGCUUAUUUUUGGAGUCAUAUGGAUAUCGUCGUUCUCUCAUAUGAAGAUCGAUGGUUAGAUGCCCAUCCAGAUGAUCUCAACCCUUCACCUACAAAUUUCCAAUCUCUAUACGAUCACUGCAUCUCUGCUCUCCGCAACGUCACAGCUCCCAAUCCGGAAACAGGAGUUGUAAAACCAUGGGCCCUCGAAUUUUUCUCCUACGAUCGUCUCGCGCUCGUUAACACGGAUUCAUAUCAAAAAGUUGGAGGUUGGGAUACCUUGAUCCCUUUCUACGGUACCGAUUGCGAUAUGCAUGAAAGACUCGCCAUGGAAGGAUUUGAAAUGGGAGAUUGGGCCGCGGGUGCCAUCUGGGAUGUCGCGAGUAGUUUAGAUGAUCUGGAAGUUUUAUAUCGAAAAAAGGACGGGCCGGAUCCUUCAUUUAUUGAUCCUAAUAUUGUAGAAGAAGAACCCGCUCAACAAACCAAGAAAUCACUCAAUCCCACUUCUAAUAGUAGGAAUUCAAAGCAUCAAUCCCGCGAUCUAGGACUCACAAAGCUCUUCUCGGAUAAUAAUAAAAAACAAUGGAUCGAUGAACCCAUCGGCCAAGCAUCGUGGAAAAAACUCCUAGAAGUCCUCGAUCAUAUGGGAUGGUCGAAAACGGCGAAUAAAAAUGGGAGGAAUACGUGGCAGGGGAGACAGACGGGUGGUCAUGAUGAUCCGUAUUAUAGGGAUUCGGAGGGCUUUGAACGCGGUAUUCAAUUGUGGAUUGAUUAUGGGAGGAGGGUUUUUGCGGAGAAAUGGGGUCAUAGGGAUUGUGAUUUGAGGGCGCAGGGGUUGGUGGCUUUGGAUGCUUGGAGGGUGGAGAGGGAUUGGUAGGUUAUGGGAGAGGAGGGGGUGAAGUAGGGUUUGGUGGGCUUAGAGGGAUUAGAGGUUGUGUGUGCGGUGGGAACUUCGAAUGUGAACCUUCGCCAUCGACCGCACCAAAACCACAAUCCAGAUUCCAAAUUCCAUCCUAGCUAUAGACACCAUCUCUAUCCCCAGCAACCCUCAAUCAAAAUUAGGAACUGGUGAUCAUGAAUCAACAAGGAGUAAGGAACACCAUCCAUAUCCAUGCUUUCUUCAUCUUUAGCGUAUCUUCCUAUACAGUUGUUAUUACAUUCGU